GUGUUUUCUGUAUUGGACGCGUUCAAAGUUUCUCGCGCACGUUACCACGGAGUGUAAAUAUAUUUACGAUUGUGUUUUUCGGUGUCUAAAUAUUUUUAUUGUGUGCUCAUAUGUGAUUUGUUAUAAUAGAAGUGGCGGCAGAUUUGUUUCUCGCAAUUACAACCAAAUAUCGAAGUAUGAGAUAGAGUGGCGCACCGUCGACUCACCGACGAAAAAUGUGAAAUAAUGAACUCACUACCAUCACUCACAUGAUUUCAAUAAACAAUUACACACAAAUUCAGGGUACACCACAAUACGCUCACAUCUCAUACAAAAAUGACACCCACAAUGCGACGCUACCAAAAAUCGAGAUGUUCAAUUACGAUUACAACUCGAAUAACACAUUCGAGUACGGGAGUGCGGUCAAUGGAACUGCGGGUGUGUCGAGCCUUAAUUUCACGGAAUACACUGAAAUACCGUAUUACAUAAAGGCCACGUCGAUGACGUUCUGUAUAGCCAUAAUGUGCUUAGGUGUUAUAGGAAAUGUGAUGGUGCCAAUAGUUAUUUUGAAGACCAAGGACAUGAGGAAUUCGACUAAUAUAUUUCUAGUGAAUUUGAGUAUAGCGGACUUGAUGGUGCUGUUGGUGUGUACGCCGACUGUGUUGGUGGAGGUGAAUUCGAAGCCUGAAACGUGGGUGCUGGGAAGAGAAUUAUGCUUGGCGGUACCUUUCGUGGAGCUGACUGUCACCCACGCGUCUGUUCUAACAAUUUUGGCGAUCAGCUUCGAGAGAUACUACGCGAUCUGCGAGCCACUGAGAGCCGGCUAUGUGUGUACGAAGACCAGGGCAGCUCUUAUUUGUGCUCUGGUUUGGUUCUUCGCAGCAUUAUUUACCAGUCCAAUCCUGGCAAUCGCCGAGCAUCAUACUGUUCACCGUCAGGACGGAACCGUCUUCUCCCAGUGCCUUACCCAAGCCGUCAGUUUCUGGCAGAUCACAUUCUUCAUUGCCAUCAUUAUUCUUCUAUAUUUUCUGCCCCUUGUUAUUCUAAUCAUUCUUUACAGUAUCAUUGCCAAAAACCUCAUCACUGCCGCCUCUAAAGUGGUGAUGAACAAGACUGUAGACCCUUAUAAUACUAGAGCAAGAAAACAAGUUAUAUUAAUGCUCGGAACAGUAGUGUUGUGUUUCUUUGUAUGUCUCAUGCCGUACAGAAUUUUAACAUUAUGGAUUAUACUAACUCCAACAGAGACUACUGAAGAGAUGAGUCCAGAGAAAUGGUAUAAUAUCCUUUAUUUUUCAAGAGUGAUGUUGUAUAUAAACUCCGCGAUAAAUCCAAUUCUCUAUAAUUUAAUGUCGUCGAAGUUUCGGAUCGGAUUUUGUAAAGUUUGCAUCUGCUGCAAGAAAACUUCGAAUACACAAAAUAAACGAGUACAAAGGACCGCGACCAACGGCUCGACGACCAGCAGCAGUUUGUCAAGAACUACGAACAGUUUGAAAAAACUGUUCACACAAAGAGGCAGCAUAGACAGAAGCGAGACCGAAUCGGAAAGUAAGGAAGGCGACGGUUUGGAAGCGAAAGGAUUUUUCGACAAGAUUUUCACAAAGAAAACAUUUGUGAGACAACAGUCGGCACCGGUGUGCUCAAAUAUCGCUCCGAACAGAAUAAAUAGGAUGAUAAGCGAAGGGAAUAUGGAUGUCUCAGAUGUUUUAGAGGUAGAUCGUAAAACAAAGCGAGUUGAUAUGAAAGAAGGCGAUGCUGCAAAAUUUAUUGGACAUUCCGAUGUUAGUGCUAAAAAUAUUAGGUCAGAUAUUGAACUAGAACGGACCCACGGCUCUUUGAGGCGUAGUGUUUUAAUAAACAGCGCGAAAGCAAAAAGCGUAGACUGUGACACUAAUAAAAAGUUAAUUGCGUACCAAAAGAUGAAGGUCGACUGUGUGGUCGCCUUCCAAAAGUCGAAAAGCGUUGAUUACGACCCUAUCCUCGCUGUGGCGACUUUCACCUAUGAAGAAUACGAAGACGGGACGCAAGUUCCAGUCUGCCUCACGCAAGCCGACACCUUCUGGUCUGCACUAUUCUUCAUCCUUACCAUAGCAGUCUUCUUCAUCGUACCUCUUGGUGUUCUUCUAGUCCUCUAUAGCGUCAUUGCAAAGAACCUCAUGGAAAACCCCGUCAUAAUAGCACAGAACACCAAAAAUACUAGCAACACUGGAAAUGUCAUUCGCUAUAGAAAACAGGUAAUAUUAAUGUUAGGUACAGUAGUUCUAUCAUUCUUUGUAUGUCUAUUGCCAUUUAAAGCGUUAACUUUAUGGAUAAUUGUAUUCCCACCAGAGACAAUAAUGUCAUUAGGUAUAGAUGGUUAUUAUAUACUUUUGUAUUUUUGUAGAGUAAUGUUAUAUUUAAAUUCGGCGAUAAAUCCAAUAUUAUACAAUUUGAUGUCAUCAAAAUUUAGAGAAGGUUUCAUAAAGUUGUUGAAAAUAAAUAAGUUGAUGAGAUGCGGUAGGAAUUUAAGAGUGAAUAUGCAAAGAAGGGACACGUUUAAUACUACUACUUCUACUGGCUUUUCGAGUAGUCAAAACACAUCUGAUUCUUUUUGGAGGAGGUACAGUAAUCGCGCGUCCUCUCAGAAGAAUGUACUUAGUCGCGAAAGUAAGAAAGUUAAAGAAAUAGUUGAUACCAAUGUGCAGCAAAUGAAAGUCGGCGAAAUAAUUAAUGUCCAGAAUACAAGGCGUAAUAGUAUGAAAAUAAUAGCUGCAAUGAAUGAUGAUAUACAAGUAGAAGUCCAUAACGAUCACAUUAAUGAUACAGAUGAAGCAAUAACGUCCACUGCCACCGAGAACAAUAAACAAAUACAAAUAUUGAAUUUAGAUGUUAAGACCAAUAAUGUAUAUUCUAUAACCCUAGAUGUAAGUGAUGCGAAUGAAGGUAAAAAUAGAUUUGUAUGCGUACCAAGUCAGAGUAAGGAGAAUAAGAAUAUAUUUGUAUACGACUUUAAAAGCAAGGAAAGUUUUGUUUAA